GGGAGUCCUUGGGGAGUCCGUGAAAAGGGCACACCAUGGCAGUGCCCGGCGAGGCAGCCCGAGUCAGGGAUAAGCCCGGCCGCAGUGGAGUGAAUCAAGCCCCGGCGCCCGGCCCAGACUGCCACUGUUGUGUCGACCCCACGUCGCCGCGGGACUCUGGCUGCAGCCGCUGCUGGGGAGACCUGGUGUUGCAGCCGCUCCGGCGCUCCCGGAAACUUUCCUCGGCUCUGUGCGCCGGCUCUCUAUCCUUUCUUUUGGCGCUGCUGGUGAGGUUGGUCCGCGGGGAAAUCGGCUGUGACCUGGAGCCGAGUAGUGAGGUGGCGGUGGCAGAGGAAACGGCCCCGGGAGCAGAAGGGGGCGUCUUCCCAGGACCUCGGGGAGGUGCAACCGGGGGCGGUGCGCCGCUCAGCCCCUGGCUGCAGCCCUCGGUGCUGCUCUUCAGUCUCCUGUGUGCCUUCUUCUGGAUGGGCUUGUACCUCCUGCGCGCCGGGGUGCGCCUGCCUCUGGCCGUUGCGCUGCUGGCAGCCUGCUGCGGGGGGGAAGCGCUUGUCCAGAUUGGGCUGGGAGUCGGGGAGGAUCACUUACUCUCGCUCCCCGCCGCGGGGGUGGUGCUCAGCUGUUUGGCUGCAGCGACAUGGCUGGUGCUGAGGCUGAGGCUGGGCGUCCUCAUGAUCGCCUUGACUAGCGCGGUCAGGACCGUGUCCCUCAUUUCCUUAGAGAGGUUCAAGGUCUCCUGGAGACCUUACCUGGCGUACUUGGCUGGCGUGCUGGGGAUCCUCCUGGCCAGGUACGUGGAGCAAAUCUUGCCGCAGUCGGCGGGGGCGGCUCCGAGGGAGCCUUUUGGGUCCCAGCUGAUUGCUGGGACCAAGGAAGACACCCCAGUGGUUAAGAGGAGGAGGCGAUCCAGCUCCGUGGUGUCCGCCGAGAUGUCCGGCUGCAGCAGCAAGUCCCAUCGGAGGACCUCCCUACCCUGCAUACCGAGGGAACAGCUCAUAGGGCAUUCUGAAUGGGACCAUAAGCGAGGGGCAAGAGGAUCCCAGUCUUCAGGAACCAGUAUUAUUGUGGAUAUUGCUGUGAUGGGUGAGGCCCAUGGCCUCAUUACUGACCUUCUGGCAGAUCCUUCUCUGCCACCGAAUGUCUGCACAUCUUUGAGGGCAGUGAGCAACCUACUUAGCACACAGCUCACCUUCCAAGCCCUUCACAAGCCCCGAGUUAAUCCCAUCAUUUCCUUCAGUGAGAACUAUACCUGUUCUGAUUCUGAAGAAAGCUCUGAAAAAGACAAGCUGGCUAUUCCCAAGCGCCUGAGAAGGAGUUUGCCCCCAGGAUUGCUGAGACGAGUUUCAUCUACUUGGACAACCACAACCUCAGCCACAGGUCUACCCACCUUAGAACCUGCCCCAGUUCGGAGGGACCGUAGUGCCAGCAUCAAACUGCAUGAAGCACCUUUAUCCAGUGCUGAUUCUUGGAAUAACCCAGUGAUGAUGACUCUCACCAAAAGCAGAUCCUUCUCAUCUUCCUAUGCUGUUUCUGCAGCUAAUCAUGUAAAGGCUAAAAAGCAAAAUCGAUCAGAUGCCCUAGCUAAGAUUUCACCUCUCUCAUCGCCCUGCUCUUCACCUAUCCAAGGGACUCCUGCCAGCAGCCCAAUCAGCAAAAUUUCUGCAGCACAGUUUCCCGAAUCUGCAGAAACAACUGCCAAACAAGGCCUCAGUUCUCACAGGGCCUUAAGUUAUUAUACCCAGAGUGCCCCUGACCUAUCCCCUCAGAUCCUGACUCCACUUCUUAUAUGUAGCAGCUGUGGCAGACCAUAUUCCCAAGGGAAUCCUGCUGAUGGGUCACUGGAGAAAGGCAAUACAACCAUUCAGACUCCAAGCAGAACAGAUGACACAGCUCAAGUUACCUCUGAUUAUGAAACCAAUAACAACAGUGACAGCAGUGAUAUUGUACAGAAUGAAGAUGAGUCUGAGUGCCUGAGAGAGCCACUGAGGAAAGCUUCAGCUUGCAGCACCUACACCCCGGAGACCAUGAUAUUUCUGGACAAACCAAUUCUUGCUCCUGAACCUCUUGUCAUGGAUAACCUGGACUCAAUUAUGGAGCAGCUAAAUACUUGGAAUUUUCCAAUUUUUGAUUUGAUGGAAAAGAUAGGAAGAAAAUGUGGCCGUAUUCUUAGUCAGGUAUCAUACAGACUUUUUGAAGACAUGGGCCUCUUUGAAGCUUUUAAAAUUCCAAUUAGGGAAUUUAUGAAUUAUUUUCAUGCUUUGGAGGUUGGAUACAGGGAUAUUCCUUAUCAUAACAGAAUCCAUGCCACUGAUGUCUUACAUGCUGUUUGGUUUCUUACUACACAACCUAUUCCAGGACUCUCAACUGUAAUUAAUGAUCACGGGUCAGCAAGUGAUUCAGAUUCUGAUAGCGGAUUUACACAUGGACAUAUGGGAUAUGUAUUCUCAAAGAUGUAUAAUGUAUCAGAUGAUAAAUAUGGAUGUCUGUCUGGGAACAUCCCUGCCUUAGAAUUGAUGGCACUAUAUGUGGCAGCAGCCAUGCAUGAUUACGAUCACCCAGGAAGGACUAAUGCCUUUCUGGUUGCAACUAGUGCUCCUCAGGCAGUGCUAUAUAAUGAUCGUUCAGUGUUGGAGAAUCAUCAUGCAGCUGCCGCAUGGAAUCUUUUCAUGUCCCGGACAGAGUAUAACUUCCUAGUUAACCUUGACCAUGUGGAAUUUAAGCAUUUCCGUUUCCUUGUCAUUGAAGCAAUUUUGGCCACUGACCUGAAGAAACACUUUGACUUUGUAGCCAAAUUUAAUGCCAAGGUAAAUGAUGAUGUUGGAAUAGAUUGGACCAAUGAAAAUGAUCGUCUACUGGUUUGUCAAAUGUGUAUAAAGUUGGCUGAUAUCAAUGGACCAGCUAAAUGUAAGGAACUCCAUCUUCAGUGGACAGAGGGUAUUGUCAAUGAAUUUUAUGAACAGGGUGAUGAAGAGGCCAGUCUUGGACUACCAAUAAGCCCCUUUAUGGACCGUUCUGCUCCUCAGCUGGCCAAUCUUCAGGAAUCCUUCAUCUCUCACAUUGUGGGUCCUCUGUGCAACUCCUAUGACUCAGCAGGACUAAUGCCAGGGAAAUGGGUGGAAGACAGUGAUGAGUCAGGAGAUACUGAUGACCCAGAAGAAGAGGAAGAAGAAGAGGAAGCACCAACUGCAAAGGAAACCUGUGAAAAUAAUGAACCUCCAAGAAAGAAAACUUUCAAAAGGAGGAAAAUCUACUGCCAAAUAACUCAGCACCUCCUGCAGAAUCACAAGAUGUGGAAGAACGUCAUUGAAGAGGAACAGCGGUUGGCAGGCGUAGAAAAGGAAUCCCUGGACCAGUCCCCUCAGCAGCACUCCUCAGAACAGAUCCAGGCCAUCAGAGAGGAAGAGGAAGAGAAAGGGAAGCAGAGAGCAGAAGAGGUCCCAAACCCAAAGCCAAACCAGUGACAGUGGGUGGAACAAGCUGUGUUUUAAAACAGAUUAACUUGUCACAGACUCUUUUCAAGCCAGCACAACACUUAGACACAACACUGUAGAAAUACGAGAAGAUGGACAAAUGGCUAUUGCAUAUUGGGAUUCUUUGCAUUUUAUGUGUUUAUUUUUACAGUGAGGUGCAUUGUUUAAACUUUUGCUCAAAGAAGCUUUCACUCUGCAACACCAGCUUCUAAGGAUUUUUUUUCUUUUUAAGGAGGAACUAUAUAUGUGUGUGUGUGUAUAAACGCACACAUAGAUAUAUGUAAAUCAUAUGCACACAUACACACGCACAUACACCAAAAGCCAGAAUUACUGGCUCAUAAUUUAGUAGCAUUCAUAUUAAGAUAUAUAGUGGUCACUGUGAUAUAAUAAAUCAUAAAGGAAAACAAAUUACAAAGGAAAUGGUGUGGCUUAGCAAGGAAACAGUGCAGCAAAUGUAGGUUGCCAACUAGUAAGCAGCUUUUGCUCUUAAUACUGAGGGAUGAAAGUUCCAGAGCAUUAUUUGAAUUCUGACACAUCCUGCCAAUAUCGUGUGUGUGCGCAUGCACGUAUGUAAUUGUGUGUAAGCAGUAAUUGAAAGGGUGCUUGUGUGUAUGUGUGUUGGUGUCAAUUUAGAGAGAGAUUACUGUAGUUUUAGGAAUUCAUAGACUAGCUGCAGCCAGUGAGUCAGUACAUGUGAACAAACAGAAGGAAAUUCAUUUGAAAGGGUAUCUUUGAGAGGCAGCCAUUCCAAUGCCCUCUUCCAUUUAGCUGCAGUAAAUGUUCCUUUGCAGAUGCAGCGUGUUCAAGGGCUGGUUGACAGGGCCACGUGAUUGGUACUACUGCUAUGCACCACUUGGAGGCACUCUAUGACCAGCCUCAAACCUGGAGGAAAGGCAUUUUCUUAUCUAUGAGCCUGAGGAAUGUAUAGGACCUGUGUGUCUGUGAGUCUGUGUGUUACUUACUUAAGAGCAAGCCACCCUUUAAGGGAAUGACAUUCUUUACACAUAAACACUUCUAAAAAGAAGCUAGAGUCAGGUCCUUUCAUCAGGUUAGAAUUCUAGGAGAUUGUUGGAGAAGGCCUGGGAAAUUACACUUAACAGUGAUCUCCUAUGACUUUUUUAAUUUGCUGCAAAAUAUGUGGUAAA